AUGUCUGAAACAAUAACUUCGCGCGAUUCUACUAUGGCGCAGGAUUACUAUGCUAGUCUUGAUGAGGAUGGCUCGCUUGUGAAGAAGUUCAAGGAUAUUGAUGAUGAAACUCAGUUUCACAUAGCUAUACGCCGUCUGCAGGACCCUCUGACGCAGAAUUUUGUGCUGGACUUUGGGAAUGAAGAUGCGUGGUGUGCGUCUGAUUUGACUACAUACGAAAUGAAAUCCUUGUUAAGGAAGCCGAGAGCCAAGUGCCUCGGUACACGGUGGAUUAACAUCUGGGCACCAGAGGAGCAGAAGGAAAGCAUAAAGGUGCGGAUAUUCCCUCCAUCGAAACGGUCCUCACGUUCAUCUAGUGUUGCGCCUUCGUUCCACCACGACGUUGACGAUCCGGAGAAUGCACUCAAGCAACUUUCCGAUUUAGAUAGACCAGGCGAGUCGGCUUCAUUCAAGAAUCUCACCUUCGCACAAAUUGUCGACCAAAUCUGGCACUUCUCCUCUGUGGACCAUGGGCCUCGAUACACGUGUAUCGGCUAUAAUACGUUAUUUGUCAUUCCCACACUAUCACAGCCAAAUGGCAAAGAUCUUCCAGAUGGAAAGCGGCUUUGGACCUGGCUGAUCCAGUGCGAUGAUGGCACGGUAAUUUCAAUCCAAGAGAAUCCGUUCGCAGGCCGAAGGGAUGGAGUGUCAAUGGAGGAAGCAAAGCCAGUCCUCGACAUUGUGCGCAGGAACAUGCGUUUCAUUUUCUCCGGCGUGUCGAGACAGCACUAUGCCAUGUCCGAAAGCGAGUCACUCAUCACCAUCCGCGUGCGACAUUUCAAUGAUUUUGGACCAGACCAAGCCAAUAUCAAGCAGGAGGAUGGACCUAGUCUGCUGUUCUAUUAUAUCUUUGAUGACUGGGUGUCGAGCUAUGGGUUAAUCGCAAAGCGGGAGCACAAGUACGGCGUUGCUCUGGAGGAACUGAGAGGCCAAAUGCUCGACCGUCCCAUAGUGGAUUUGGUGAAUGAAUUGCACUGGCUGGGCCGGCGACUCGCAGUUCUCAAACGGUUGUAUCAGAGCUACGAGCUUAUUAUGCAACGAUUAUUGCAACGCCAACGCAUGCUCCGCGAUGAAGCCCGCUCGGCCCAUCCAGCCACAAUCCCGGACGGAGCCACCUAUGGCGAUGCGGAGUUCGUGGAUAUACGGCAGUCCAGUCUCGUGGGCAAUUCCAGCCACCCCAAUACCGAGAAAUCGGUCGGGGUGCAGCUGAGCUCGAGUGCUGUGGCGCGGUUCGAACGGUUGGCGGAUCGCAUUAAUCUGUAUUGUCUGAGCGAGAUCGAGAAUUGUCUCAAUGAGAAGGAGUCCUUGACAUUCUUGAAUUUCAACUUGAUUGCGCUCAAAGACUCGCAGGCUGUUGAGAAGCUCACUCGCAUCACCAUCCUGCUAGCCAAGGCGACCAUUUUGUUCUUGCCCGUCAGUUUGAUGAGUGCAUAUUUCUCCACGGAGCUCAUCGGUGUGAAGAACGGGUACACUAAGACGGAUUAUUGGGUCAGCUUUGCGGUGAUCUUUGUUCUGUCCGUCUUGCUGUUGACGGUAUUCGGAUACGCCAGUGACACUGUGGAGGGGAAGACAAUCUAUCGGUCCAUGGUCAGGACGUUCUUUCGAGAGUCUCGCCAGAAGAUAUCACGGCGACGCUGA